UGAGGUUCUGUGGUCAGCUUGCUAGCUGGACUGGAAACUCUACCUCUAAACAGGGAGAGGUAGGAAUCAGUUCCACAAUAAUCUUUGAAGCCCCGACUGGAGAAGUAGCCUCGUCCCACCUGGAGCUGCACAACGAGGGCAGUGCAGCCAUUUUCUACAGCUGGCAGCAGCUUCCCCUUCCACAGCACUGUCCUAACCUGCAAUCACAAACAAAGAGUCCACACUUCUACUUCAGCUCCCCCUCCGGUGUAAUCCUUCCAGGUGAUACCCUGCGGGUGGAGUUCAUGUUUAAGUCAGAGGAGCCAGGCAUCAAAACUGAACUGUGGCAGCUCAACACCCACCCUGUGCUGCUGCAAGGAGCCUCCCUGCAGGUCACGCUGAAGGGUGUGGCUCUCUACGAGGACAAUACCGCAGACCAGAGGCGUUUCAUAGAGAUGAAACUGGAAAAAACAGCAAUAGUAAAAACAUGCCUGUCAGUUGUGUACGAGGUGCUACGGGGGGUCCACACCCCAGAGAGACCCAGCUCUCCUGCAGAGCUCUACAUCACUGAGGAACAAGUGUUUGUAAGGAAAAACCCCAAGUUGCAGUACAUUGAUGAGCCAGUGGAAGCUCUAAAGACACUGUGGCAAGAAGUGAAUCCAGGAUGCACCUGGGAUCUCUCUGUUGAUACACUCCGACAGGUUGUUCUGUCUCUACCGGAGCAUGAGUCAACUCAGGGCACCCUCACCAGAGAACAGAGCCUGAACCAGCUCAAUUCCCUGCUUCUGCAGCUGUCUGCACCUUCUGAACUGAAGCGCUACCAUCUAACAGCAGCAAUAAUAGGGCAGCAGCUGUGGGUGAUACUGCUGGACACCAUGGCCGGUGAGGCCAUGCGGCUCAGAAACCUGCUGGGGGUCCCAGAGAAAAAGGCAUGGACUGAAAACAAGGACAAAUCCCAACUCCCAGAUGCUGAUUUGGCUGAUGACAUAAUUAAAGAUGAGAAGAGUGACAAAAAGAGAGGAUCAUCUGCCAAUGAGGAGAACGGUGGGGCAAAGUCCAGACUUAAAGAUGACAACAGAGGAGAAUCCAAGUCCCCAACAACUGAAAAAUCAGUGGAGGAGAGCAAAAAGAAGGGAAAAAAGAGGGAUGAACUGGGGAAAGGAAAAACAAGGGGAAGGCCAGGAAAGGAAUCAGUCCCGCUGACUGAGGCCUAUCUAGUGAGCACAUCAACAGUCUCCGGCCAACAGCCACUUGACCAAAAUGUAAAGCCAGAGGUGAUGAACAUUUACACAAGGCUCCUGCACAGAAAGGUUUAUGUUCUGAUGGAAGACCUGGUGGAUUCCCUAUGUGACCUGAUGGAUGAGAGAGAUGAGCAGGACCCACACUGUCACCAUACAAAAGAGACAGGAGCUCCACUUGAUAUGUGGUUAGAUGUAAUAAAACAUGUCUCAUAGGAUUCCUAUACAUAUAUUUCUGCCUCAGAACAUCACAGAAGAAAUACAAUUCUUCAUAAAAAUUUAGUAAACCAGAAAGACCACCUCCAUCCAUCCACCAAAGUGCUGCCUUGGUGCCAAUGAACAGCACUUGUGCAGUACAUACUAAGUGCCUGUCCCUUUCACAUACUGCAAGAAAUUAAUGGUCUCCAUAUCCAUUCAAAUUCCUGCAGUCUGAUAGGACCAGGAUCUCUCUAAGUGUCAGUCAGCAUGGUAAUACAUAUGUCUUGUCCAGGACAUAUGAAUACAUUUCUUUGCACUGAGGAGACCAUAAGACAGGAGAUGAUGAUGAGCACUUUGUAGGUUUUUUUAUGUUUGGGACAUACCCAGAAUAAAGUUGGGUCUGCUUUCCUUGGACUUUAAAAAUCUUUAAAUAAAUGUGAGUAUUGCCAAAUGGUUGUACUUGAGGGCAUGUGGCAUAACUUGAAGAAAAAUCUGGUGGUGAUAACCCUGGAAUGAUUUUAUGUAGAUUACCUCGUUAACAGUAAAAUGUGUAAUACUGUAUUAAACAAUGCAUGACAUUAAUAGAACAGA